UUUUGAACCUCAGAAAACAGCAAAACCUCUCAAAAACCCUAAUUUGCUUUUCUUCCUCUUCGCGACUCCUCCUCACUCUCUCUUUCGCCCUUCUCCUCCGCCACCGUCUACAGAAUCUCAUCUCCUGGGCAGACUGAAACAAGUUAGAUUUAUUUGACCAUCCACUUAUCUCUCUGUCUCCUUCGGUUUUGUCUGUCUGAAUUGGGAAAGAUGAAUUUGGUGAACAUUAGAGACGUUUUGACUUCUUUCAGUCCUGCUCUAGACUAUCUCGCUAUUAGCACAGGCGAUGGCCGUAUUAAGAUUUGGGAUACCGUAAAGGGUCAGGUCCAAACAGAGUUUGCUGAUAUUGCAUCUACAGAGGAGACGAACAUAUAUACUAAAGUUGCCAAAGGUCACCUUUCUGUCGAUUAUACUUGCAUGAAAUGGCUGUCUCUGGAGAAAAAGAAGAAGAGAAAACUUGGAACUUCCGUAUUGGUAUUAGGAACUGGUGGAGGAGAUGUUUUAGCGCUUGAUGUGGCUUCUGGUCAGCUAAAAUGGAGAAUAAGUGAUUGUCAUCCCGGUGGUGUCAAUGCUGUUUCAUCUUCAGCAAGGGCCUCGUGCAUAUACAGUGGUGGGGCAGAUGGGAUGGUUUGUCAAAUUGAUCCCCAUAGUGGAAAUCUGAUCAGAAAGUUCAAAGCUUCAACAAAAGCAGUUUCUUCUUUAUGCGUUUCACCAGAUGGAAAAAUAUUAGUCACUGCAUCUGCUCAGUUGAAGACUUUUAACUGCUCAGAUCUCAAGAAGAUACAGAAGUUUACUGGUCAUCCUGGAGGUGUACGUUGUGUGGCUUUUACCGAGGAUGGGAAGUACGUCCUCUCAUCCGCAGCCGGUGAAAGAUAUAUUGCAGUAUGGAAAUCAGAUGGUGCAAAGAAGCAGUCAGCUAGCUGUGUUCUUGCGUUGGAGCACCCUCCCGUCUUCGUGGAUAGUUGGGGUGAAACAAAUGAAAAAGGGUUAUAUGUUUUAGCGAUUUCAGAAAUAGGUGUCUGUUAUUUUUGGUAUGCAUCAAAUGUUGAGGAGCUAUGCAAUGCAAAGCCUACAAAAGUCGCAUUAGCAACUGAAGAUUCUCCACUCAAACACCAUAAGGGAUCAUUGCCUAUAAUCUUUGCUGCCAAAUUACAAGGCAUUUUGAAGCCUGGAUCUGCGCAUGCAUUUAUUGCAUCCGGAUUGCUGGUGAAACCGUCAUUCCAGAAAAUGGUGUUGCAGUUUGGCACAGACAUGGUGCUGAAUGCCUCUAAGGAUGGGAUCCUUCUCCCCAUCGCUCAAGUUUCCAAGUCCAGCAAGGGCCAAGGCGUGCAGAAUAGAGUUAUAACAUUAGACCGGGCACAUGCGGAGGAUGCUUUGCUGCCAAUCGCAAGGGUUGCUGAUCUGCAUGAGAAAUUGCACUCAUCUGAUAAGGAUACUGAUAUGGUUGACCAAAGUCAAGCUGGUGAGUUUUCCAUCACGGCACUGAAGUCUCACCGUCCUGAUGCAGAUCAUGAGGAAACAUUUAGCAUGGAGGAUAAGUUGAGAUCGUUAGGGAUACUAGGAGGUACAGAUGAACAAAAGAACCUUACCUAUGCUUCGAUAAUUGAUGGAAUUGAUCUUGAGGCUUAUCUACCACCAAAGAAGUUAAAGUCUGCUGUUUUGUCAAUGGAACCCUCUUCUGCAUUCAAGACUCUAGAUGCUUUGGUUGCUAUGUGGCAGACAAGGGCAUGUGGUGGGAGGCAUCUUCUACCAUGGAUUUACAGCAUAAUGGUGAAUCAUAGUCAUUACAUCAUGUCUCAAGAACCAAAAAAUCAACAGCUGCUUAAUACAUUGCUUAAGAUUACCAAGUCCCGAGGAACGGCUCUUCAACAGUUACUACAGAUAUCAGGGCGCUUACAACUUGUUACAGCCCAGAUCAAUAAAGCUGCAGGAAAUCAGACUCAAACAACAGCUCACGAUCACGAGAUUGAUGAAAGUGAGGAUGAGGAAGAAGAUGUAGAAGAGCAUUUCUAUGGUGAGAAUGAUAAUGAAUCCGAUUUAAGCAGCGACGAUGGAAAGGAUAAAGAUGAUUCCUUGAUGGAGAUGUAAGCUUAUGAGCGAAGAGUAGAGAGAGGAGCUUGGCCUCGUCUUCUCAUGUUUUUUUUUGCCCUUCUCUUUUAGUGAUCUCUAUGAUCUUGUAUUAGAAUUUGUAUUUUUGAUCCAAAGCGGGAAUUCUUAACGCUUUGCACAGAAUUAUAUUUGAUCUUUCUUUAAACUGAA